AUGGAGGGCGAUAAGAAGGAUUUUUGGCUCCCGGUCAACCACGAUAAUGACGCGCAAGAUUCAUCUGAUGGAAGUACCAACGACUUCGCGCCUUCCCUUGUCAAGCCAAUUACCCAAGAAGGCUGGGUUUCUAAAGAUCCUGCUGAUCAUGUGGAUGGUCUUGCCGGCACUGAGGAAACCUCAACUGUUCAGUCCGACUCUCUUCCUUCUGUGCGCUCUUCAGCCCACACCCCAACCUUCCACCCUUCUCCAAUUCGUCCACCAGUCCGGCAUUCUCUUAUCGAGUUGCUCUGUGAAGAAGAUCCAUACCACCUAGGAAUCGAUUCCGACGACGCGCUGGCCAGAAUGCCUUAUAACAGGCCGCGUCGUCCGAUGAGAGAUUCUCAGCACGAGCAGGAAAACUUGCAUCCCGCCGUUUCCUCUCUUUCCUCGUCGACUCUGUCUACCACGAGUGAGACCAUCCCGUUACCGGAAAGCAAUGCGUCAAGCAACGUCAAUGCAAACCAGGAAAAUAUGAGAGAAGUUGAAGACACCAACAACAAGGGAAUAUUCCAUGGCGCUUUUCCCGUGACUGAGCAAGACUUGAUGGAGCUGCCUACUAGCCCGUCUUACACCGGCAAUCGAGUUUGGGGCCGAUCCAACCGUCCCGGUAGCUUCGAAUUCACCAUCUAUGAAGACCCACCGAAGGAAGACGCUAUCCUCAGCGUGCCUUGCCCUCUUGCUGAAGGCUUCCACUCCGUGGAGGAGGACAAGGAGAACCUGUUGGUUAGUCCUUUCGAGCACGUCUCUUCCUCCUCGGAUGAGGAAGUCCAGCCAUUUAUCAACUGGACCGAGAGCGCCCAUCGUCCCCGUGAUGCCUUUGGCGGCCCAUUCGAGUACACGAGCCUUCCAAGAACCAAUCAUACCUUUCUUGACACCGAGGGUGUUUACUUCCGCCGUGGCCGACACGUCCUGGCGCCCCUCGCGAUCCCAGAUGCCGAGGAUUAUGGCAACGAAGAUACUCGUGUGGGUAACACUGAGUUCCGGGCUACCGAAGAGUUUGGGGAGAGUGACCAAACUGUCGAGGAGCAGAUUUAA